AUAAUGGAUUAUCAGAAGUAGAAGGGAAUUUAAAUGAUGAGAUUAGGGAAGGUGAUGAAGAAAGUGAUAAUGGAUCAAAUGAAUCAGAUACCACAAUUGAAUUAUAUGAUUAUAGAAAAGAUCAUAAUGUGCAUUAUGUGCAUUAUGCAAAUCAAUGUUCAAAAAGUUGCAUAAUGCCCAUCUCUAACUGCAAUGGAGUUGGAGGAGGAGUUGGAGAUUCUGGAUUUUUGUGGGUAAGAGAUUGCAUGUACACAAAAGCUUGUAACAACAUAGAUUGUUCACUAAGCCCUAUAAAAAAUUUUGCAUGGAAAUGGAAGGUUAAAAGCUCAAAUUUAGGGGAUGAAAAUUUGGAAUUAUGCCCAACUCCUCCUUCAACUCCAUUGCAGUCAGAAUAUGAUUUUACGGAUUCUGAAGAGGAUCCAAAGUCAGAAUUAGAUUCUGAUUAUCAACCACCAAACCCUGCUCUUUAA